UUUACAUUAAGGAAUCUAAUUCUGAUUAACUGUUAGUGUUUAUAGGAUUAAAUAUUUAGUUCUUUCAUAGUACAGUCAUCUAUCACCUACUUUAACUACUAUCGGAGAGACCUCCUCACCUACUUUCACUACUAUCAGAGAGACCUCCAAUGGCUGCUGCCAAUCACUCACCUUCAUCGCCUUACUCAUGUGCUAAAGAUUCAGGCCCUGUAAUACCAACAACCUCUUUAGUUACUUUCCUUGAACGUGUCCAAGAAACUGCUUUCCAAACUUACGAGAGAUCAAAAUUUGAUCACAAAGACUUUAUAGACUUGUCAUUAAAGUUCGAUCUUUCAACCACAGUGAAGUCGUUCGAUGAAAUUUCCAAGACAGAAAAUGGGUCAGUGUCGACUAAGGAUUUUGAAGAGUUUAUAGGAAAGUGGUUUAAAGGUGCAGGAGAGGAUCUUGUUUAUGUUGAGCCAAUGGAUUUUGAGACGGAGCCAUAUGGGUUUUUGCCCAAGGUGGAGAACCCAGAGGUGAGAGCUUGGGCAUUAGAGGUGCAUGGUUUGUGGAAGAAACUGAGUAGGGAAGUUUCGAGCUCGGUUCAUGAUCAUCCUGAAUUGCAUACUUUGCUUCCUUUACCGGUGCCUGGUAUGAUCCCUGGUUCACGGUUCAGGGAAGUUUAUUAUUGGGAUUCUUAUUGGGUUAUCAGAGGGCUGCUGGCGAGUAAAAUGCACGAGACAGCAAAAGCCAUUGUGACUAAUCUCAUUUCGUUGCUAGAUACAUAUGGUUAUGUACUUAAUGGUGCCAGAGCCUAUUACACGAAUCGAAGCCAGCCUCCACUCCUGAGUGCAAUGGUUUAUGAGAUAUACAAUAGAACUGGUGAUGUGGAUUUGGCGAAGAAGGCUCUCCCUGCAUUGCUUAAAGAAUAUCAGUUCUGGAAUUCAGAAAUACAUACGAUGAUCAUCCAUGAUGCUGAGAAUUGUAAUCACUCAUUAAACCGGUAUUAUGCAAUGUGGAACAAACCCAGGCCUGAAGCAUCAGCCAUUGAUAAAAGAUUUGCUUCCAAGUUCUUGAAUGUUAAUGAGAAACAGAAAUUUUACCGAGAGCUUGCUUCAACUGCUGAAUCUGGAUGGGAUUUCAGCACAAGAUGGAUGAGGAACCCUUCUGAAUUUACAAGUUUGAGCACAACAACUAUUUUACCUGUUGAUUUAAAUGCAUUCAUGCUGAGGAUGGAACUUGACAUUGCCUUCUUUGCGAAAAUUGUUGGAGACGAUGCCAUUGCUGAGGAUUUCCUUACAGCUUCUCACACAAGAAAGAAGGCAUUCAACUGUGUCUUUUGGAACGAAAACAUGGGACAAUGGGUGGAUUAUUGGCUUAACUAUGGUGCUGAACCCAAGGAACCACAAACUUGGGAAGCUCAGAAUCAGAACCAGAAUGUGUUUGCUUCAAACUUUGUUCCCUUGUGGAUUGAUUUGUUCAACUCAGAUACUCCUCUGGUGGAAAAGGUAACAAGAAGUCUUCAAAGUUCAGGCCUGCUUUGUGCUGCUGGGAUUGCAACCUCUUUGACAAAUUCGGGACACCAAUGCAGGGACUUCCCAAAUGGUUGGGCUCCAAUUCAGCACAUGAUAGUUGAAGGCUUGUGGAGAUCUGCAUCGACAGAAGCAAGGAAAGUAGCUAGAGACAUAGCUGAAAGAUGGAUCAGAGCCAACUACGUGGCCUACAAGAAAACAGGGACAAUGCAUGAGAAAUAUAACGUGGAAAAGUGUGGCGAAUAUGGUGCUGGUGGCAUUUAUAGACCCCAGACAGGUUUCGGUUGGUCGAAUGGAGUGGUGUUGGCAUUUUUGGAGGAAUUUGGAUGGCCUAAAGACCAAAACAUAGACUGCAACUAAAGCUUCAAAAUGGGUUUGGUUUGAUUUAAAUAAACAAGACAAUAAUCUUUUCAUUAAAUAAAAACCAAGAGGUUAAAUGUUGGCAGCCAUGUACUAGUAUUCUAUGCCAUAAUUUUUUCAUAUAUAAUGUGAUAUUCUUAUUUAA